AUGGAGAGCACGACCAUCAUCGGGUCCAAUGCCGGCGCCGACUCAGUUCGAGUUUUCGUCUUUGGGGAUCAGAGUAGUUGCAGCCUAUCGAACCUGCAACUACUUCUUCUAAAGAAAGACAACCCUUACUUGAUAUCUUUUAUCGACCAAGCCAACUACAUCCUACGACACGAAAUAGCUCAGCUUACGACCACGGAGCGCCAGUUGUUCCCAGCCUUUUCCAGCAUACAAAAUCUUGUUACCCGGGGGAUAAAGAAAGAUAAAAAUGCAGCGUUAGAGAGCACUUUGGCAACCGUUUAUCAGAUAUGCUGCUUUCUCAACUACUUCGGAGAUGGCCAACAAGCGUACCCAACCGGUCCGAAUAAUUACGUAUCCGGUUUAUGUAUCGGAGCAUUAGCCGCAGCUGCAGUCUCUUCGUCCAACUCUCUCAGUGAACUGGUGCAAGCAGGUAUCGACGCUGUUCGCGUUUCGCUUCGAGUAGGUCUUUUGGUUGCUCGAACGGCCGCUUUGUUCGGUCAUCCAGAGUCCGAUGGUACAGCCUCUUGGUCAUACGUUGUCCCAGAGUCACAGUUUCCGCUGGAACUUGCUGAAAAAACUAUUGCAUCAUACACAGACAAAGCCAACAUCCCACGUCUCUCAUCGCCAUACGUCAGCGCGAAGGGCCAAAACUCUUGGACUAUCAGCGGUCCACCAACAACGGUGCAGCACUUCCUCAAGACUUCCCCAUCUGCAGGGACGUUGAAGUUCACUCCUAUUGCUGUGCAUGCACCAUAUCAUGCGCCGCAUAUUUUCUCUGCGAAAGAUGUUGAAAACAUUCUUCAGGAUGUCGGGCCAGUUAGCGACCUAUCAGGCAAAAUAUCCUUCAUUUCCAGCUCAUCUAGCCGCAACGCUCCAAAGGGGAAGACAUUCCGAGACUUGCUCUGCCAUGUUGUUGAGGGCAUCCUCAUUCUACCGCUGGAUCUGGGAGAAGCAGCUGAGAACAUGCAGCGUGUGCUUGAGACAGCAGACUGUAUGGGCCAAUGCACUUUGUUUCCAAUCUCAACCGGCGUCUGUCCAAGUCUCAAGACGUCAUUUUCGCCAGUGUUGUCGAAGAAAGUGCAGAUAAUUGACAGUAUCAUGGAGGCCAUUGCAACAGGUACUGGGACAAAUCACUCUACUUCUGCUAAACCAGGCGAUUCUAAGAUAGCUGUGAUUGGCAUGUCUGGCAGGUUCCCAGAAUCUGCGGAUAUUGAAUCAUUCUGGGACCUUCUCUACCAAGGGCUUGAUGUUCAUCGGCCUGUGCCAGCAGACAGAUACAAUGGGGAGCUAUACUAUGAUCCGACUGGGAAAAAGAAGAAUACAAGCAAGGUCAAGCAUGGAUGUUGGAUUAACGAGCCCGGGCUAUUUGAUGCAAAAUUCUUCAACAUCUCGCCCAAAGAAGCCGAACAAUCCGAUCCUGGACAGCGCUUGGCCCUGGCAACCGCAUAUGAGGCUCUUGAAAUGGCAGGUAUCGUGGCGGAUAGAACACCAUCAACUCAGCGAGACCGCGUUGGAGUAUUCUAUGGCAUGACCAGUGACGACUACAGAGAAGUCAGUUGCGGCCAGAAUGUUGACACAUAUUUCAUCCCCGGUGGGAAUCGAGCCUUUACACCAGGAAAGAUCAAUUAUUUCUUCAAAUACUGCGGUCCAUCAGUCAGUGUCGACACUGCAUGCUCAUCGAGUCUUGCAGCCAUUCACCUGGCUUGCAAUUCUAUCUGGCGCAAUGAAUGUGAUAUGGCCAUUGCGGGUGGAACGAAUGUCAUGUCAAAUCCCGAUAGCUUCGCAGGGUUGGAUCGUGGCCAUUUUCUGUCAAGAACAGGCAACUGUAACACUUUCGAUGAUUCAGCGGACGGAUAUUGUCGCGCAGACGCGGUGGGCACUGUCGUCCUAAAAAGACUUGAAGAUGCAAUCGCAGACCAUGACCCCAUCCUUGGAGUCAUUCUAGGCGCUCAUACCAACCAUUCUGCCGAAUCCGUGUCGAUCACCAGACCACACUGCGGAGCUCAAGAGGAAAUCUUUUCUAAGCUGCUUAGUGAGUCUGGUGUUCAUCCUCACGAAGUCAGCUAUAUCGAAAUGCAUGGCACCGGUACACAAGCGGGCGAUGCGACCGAGAUGUCGUCAGUUCUCAGCUGUUUUGCCCCAUCCACAAAACGGCUGCCACAUGAAAGCCUUUAUUUGGGAUCAGCAAAAGCAAAUGUCGGUCAUUCUGAAUCGGCAUCUGGAGUGACAGCACUGAUCAAGGUUUUAUUGAUGAUGGAAAAGAACCUGAUUCCCCCCCACUGUGGCAUCAAGGGCAAGAUUAACCACAAGUUUCCUACCGAUUUGAAGGAACGCAACGUUCAUAUAGCCAUGAAGGCCACUGAGUGGAAGAGACGUGAGGAAUUCAAUAACAUACGUCGCACUUUUGUCAACAACUUCUCCGCAGCUGGUGGUAACACAGCACUGGUUCUGGAGGACUACCCAGAACUUACGAGGAACUCGUCACUGGAGGAUCCUCGUACGGCUCACGUGGUGACAAUAUCUGCCAAAUCGAUCCCAUCUCUCAAGGGAAAUAUUGAAAAGAUGAGAAACUAUGUGCAGCAGCAUGCAUCCACCGAAGGGUUUCUGAGCAAGCUUGCUUAUACAACCACAGCUCGACGGAUGCACCAUCCAUUCCGCAUUGCAAUCGCAGCUACAAACUGUGAACAGCUACUAAGCUCCUUGAAUGAAGAAGUUAAACGAGACAAUCACAGACGCGCUCCAGAAACACCCGUUGGCUUUGUAUUCAGCGGUCAAGGGUCGCAGUACAGCGCUAUGGGCAAGCAUUUACUGCAAUUCGCCACUUUCCGUGAUGAGAUCAACUCUUAUGACAUGUUAGCACAGCGACACGGCUUCCCUUCGAUCAUGCCACUGAUCGAUGGAUCCGUCGAUAUUAACGACCUUGAGCCACUCGUCGUCCAACUCGGCACUACAUGUGUGCAGAUGGCACUCGCAAGCCUCUGGGAAUCAUUUGGUAUGCAGCCAACCUACGUGUUGGGCCAUAGUCUAGGCCACUACGCUGCAUUAAAAGUCUCUGGUGUUCUUACAGCAAGCGAUACAAUCUAUUUGGUCGGUAUGAGAGCUCGCCUUCUUCAAGACAAAUGCAGUAUGGGAAGUCACGCAAUGUUGGCAAUUCGAUGCAGCGUCGAUGAAGUUCAGACAUAUUUGGAUUCAGAUAUCUAUGAUAUUGCUUGCAUGAACGGUCCACAAGAUACUGUUGUCAGUGGCCGUGUAGAUGACAUUGAAAAUCUCUCUCAAAAGCUUGUGGCCAAUGGCGUCAAAGCGACAAGAGUUGACGUCCCGUUUGCGUUCCAUUCAGCCCAAGUUGAUCCUAUCUUGGAAGAGCUUGAAAUCAUUGCCUCUCAGGUUACAUUUCAUUCCCCACGCGUACCAAUUGGCUGUCCUCUUCUAGCCAAAACUUCUAUCGUUGGCGAGGCACCUUUCUUUGAUGCCAAGCACAUCAGUCGCCACUGCAGGGAAGCUGUCAAUUUCCGUGAUAUUCUACAGUCAGCUAGAGACGACAGUCUCAUCUCCGAAAAGACUAUUUGGGUUGAGAUGGGUCCUCACACAGUGUGUUCGUCGCUUAUGAAAGCCAAUCUGGGGCAAGACGUCAUUGCCGUCCCAUCUUUGAUGCGUAACAAAGAUGGGUGGCAGGUUCUGGCUUCAAGUCUCUCAACUUUGUAUACUCAAGGAUUGUCCAUCACUUGGGAUGAAUACCACCAUGACUUUGAAGGAUGCAAAGAAGUUUUGCGUCUACCCGCUUAUAGCUGGGAUAACAAGAGAUAUUGGAUUGAGUAUGUAUAUGAUUGGUUACUCACGAGGGGCGAUCCUCCCGUCCAAGCUGCCGUUGCUCCACUGCCAGCGCCAACUUCUACUUUCUCAACUGCUUCAGUGCAUCGAAUUGUUAGUGAGCUUGUUGACAACGGAAAGCUCACUAUCACUGCGGAGUGUGAGUUUACGAGUGAUCAGUUGCAUGAAGUAGUAUAUGGUCACGUUGUUAACGGCAACCGCGUUUGCUCAUCGUCACUCUACACGGAUUUCGGAGUUACUUUGGGCACGUAUGUCCUCGAGAAAUAUCGAUUGGACCUCAAGGAUCACUCAGUGGACGUCCAGAACAUGGUUGUCAAUAAACCUCUAGUCCACAAAGAGGGUCCACAAAUGCUCCUCAGGAUCGACAUUAACCACGACGUGGCUGGCAGCAAUACCGCAAAGAUGUCCAUCUACAGUGUCAAUUCGAAGGGAAACAAGACUUCCGACCAUGCCCAAUGUACACUCUACUUUGGACAACCCAAGGUCUGGCUAAAGAACUGGGACAGCACUCAGUACUAUGUUGAGAGAAGCAUUGAGUGGCUGAAGGAGAAGGCCGAUAAAGGUCACUAUAGUCGUCUUUCUUCAGGCGUAAUUUACAAGCUGUUCUCCAGUUUGGUUGACUACAGCGACGCCUACAAGGGCAUGCAGGAGGCCAUUGUCAACGCUGAAGACUUUGAAGCGACCGCACUGGUUCGGUUUCAAGUUGAUGAGGGCAACUUCCGAUGCAAUCCCAUUUGGAUUGAUAGCUGCGGUCACCUUGCCGGCUUCUUGAUGAACGGCCAUUCUAAGACUCCCAAAGACCAAGUGUUUAUCAACCACGGUUGGGAGUCAUUCAGAACCGUAAGGAAGUUCCGUAAAGACAAGAUGUAUCGCACAUAUGUUAGGAUGCGGCCUUUCGAAGGCACCAUUUAUGCAGGAGAUGUUUACAUCUUUGAUGAUGAAGGCAUUGUUGGUGUCUGUGGUAACAUCAAGUUCCAAGGUAUUUCUCGAAAGGUACUCGACAGCGCGAUGCCGCCGCCAAAGUCUGCAAACGAGCCUCAAGUCCCCACCCGUCUCACCACUGCCGCUGUUAAAGAGGUACCCAAGACGACAGCAAUUACUGAACCUCCAAGUCGCCUUGCUAGCACUACUCCGAUUGAGCCUAUGAAACUUGAUGCGGCUUUGAAGUCAGCGUCUGCUGCAAGAGAUCCUAUGCACGCUGUUCGCAAGAUCGUGGCUGAAGAGAUCGGUAUUCCCCUGGCCAGUGUUCAAGAUGAUCUCGCCUUUACAGACUACGGCGUGGACUCGCUUCUUUCUCUUAACAUUUCUGGACGACUUCGCGAGGAACUUGAUAUGGAUGUCCCUUCGUCCGUCUUCGAAACUUGUCCAACGCUUGCCGACUUUGCCGCUCAUCUUGGAUUAAAUACGUCCCCAUCUGAUGAAUCUUCUGAGCAGUCAAGUAUAUUCGAGAGUGUUUCCCCUACCAGCGAGCCUUUUGGAGGAACUAGCAACGCGACUACGCCUCCGUCUCGAAGUCAACGGGAGUCUCUGUCUAGCAGCUUAUGUAAAGAUAUGUGCGCAAUCCUAGCAGAAGAGAUUGGCGUGUCUGCGGGUGAGAUCAUGAAUAAUGCUAAUCUUGGCGAAUUGGGCAUGGAUUCAUUGAUGUCCCUGACUGUGCUCGGCCGCCUCCGCGAAGAGUUGGAAAUUGAGCUAGAGGAUGAUUUCUUCGUUGCUCAUCCCACCUUUAGUUCCUUCGAGCACAUCUUCCAAUCAGAGUUUGAACAAGAAGUUGAGCCUGAAUCAUCUUCUGCAGAGCUGAAACAGUAUCGCGCAACUUCAACGCUCUUACAAGGUAGUCCCAAAACUGCGACCUAUACGCUGUUCCUCUUCCCAGACGGUUCCGGCUCUGCAACUUCAUACGGACCCAUUGACGCAGUCAGCAAAGACGUCUGUGUGUACGGUCUCAAUUGCCCUUGGCUCAAGGAGGCCGACAAACUCGUUCAGUUUGGUCUGAAGGGUCUUGCUUCACUUUACGUCGAAGAGAUUAGACGCAGAGUACCCCAUGGACCAUACAACGUAGGUGGAUGGUCUGCGGGAGGUAUUUGUGCCUAUGAAGCGGCAAUUCAAUUUACUCGAGAGGGCGAAACCGUCCAACGCCUCAUUCUCCUCGACUCUCCCAACCCAAUCGGUCUGGAGAAGCUACCUGCAAGAUUGUUCGACUUCAUCAAUGGUCUGGGGCUAUUUGGGGCUGGCAAAGCACCGGAUUGGCUCCUCGCACAUUUCCUUGCCUUUAUUGAUGCGCUUGAUGAGUGGAAGCCAGUCCCUUGGGAGAAAGCACUGGGCGGCAGAGCUCCACCUCCAAAGACAUACAUUCUCUGGGCUGAAGAUGGUGUGUGCAAGGAUACUGAUGCUCGCCCAGAAUACAGAGAUGAUGACCCUCGAGAAAUGCGAUGGCUUCUUGAGAAUCGAACCAACUUUGGGGGUAAUAAUUGGGAUGUUUUGCUUGGUGAGGAGAAUCUUUCUAUUCAACGUAUUCAAGACGCAAACCAUUUCACAAUGUUACGGAAGGGUAAAAACACGCAACGCGUUGCAUCUUUCAUCAAGAAUUCGUUUGCUUAAUUAACAUAUAGGAAUACAUGGUGCAAGAGAAAACUAUUAGUUGGUACUUCAGCUUAAUUUGGUCGAAAAAACACGAGUUAUUUCUACCAUCGAUAGAUAAAUAUGUAGGGUAGGAUUAAUACACGCAAUCUUUGGACG